AUGGCCGACAUCGAUGUCGAGAGUGUGCUGAAGGGCAAGUAUCCCGCCAAAGCUCACGCGGAGCGCGUCGUCGAGUACAUCCGCUCCAAGGUCCCCGGUGCGACUGGUGUCCUCUACGUCGAGGGCCGGGCCGACAAGCUGCUGGAGGACAGCGACGAACCCGUCCCCUUCAGACAACGGCGAGCUUUCAUGUACUUGACGGGCGCUGACCUGGCCGACUGUUCCCUCGUGUACGACGUCGAAACCGCUCAAUCCACCAUCUUCAUCCCGCCAGUCGACCCCGAGUCCGUCGUCUGGUCCGGUCUGCCGCCCUCGCCCGACCAAGUCCUCGCGCAAUACGACGUCGAUGCCGUUCUCCCGUCCACAGAGCUGAACCCUAUGCUGGUGAACCUGGGCAGCCGUAGCCCCAAGUCGACCGUAUUUGCCAUUGCCGAGCGCGUCGCCGAUGCUGUCACCUUCCUCGAAUUCUCCCACAAGGACUUCACCGUCCUGGGCGAGGCCAUCGACGAAUGCCGCGUCAUCAAAGACGACUACGAGAUCGCCCUCAUCAGGAAGGCCAACCAGAUCAGCGGCGCCGCCCAUCGAGCCGUCCUCGAGCAGGUCAAGAAGGCCAAGAACGAAUAUGAGCUCGAGGGCACCUUCAUCGGCGCCUGCAUGAGGCAGGGGGCGAAAAAGCAGGCGUAUCCGAGCAUCGUGGCGAGCGGACGGGCGGCCGCCACGCUACAUUAUGUGGACAACGACAAGCCGCUGGCAGGAAAGGACUUGCUGCUUUUAGACGCGGGUGCCGAGUGGACGUGUUACGCGUCCGAUAUCACAAGAACCUUCCCCAUUUCAGGCAGGUUCACGGAAAAGUCGCGCAGCAUAUACGAGAUCGUUCUACAGAUGCAGAAAGACUGCAUCAAGAUGUUGAAAGGGGGAGUGUCAUGGGAGGAAGUACACUUGAAGGCGCACAAGGUCGCCAUCGAUGGCCUGCUAUCUCUAGGCAUCUUGAAGGGUGACCGGAAAGAGAUUCUCGAAGCCCGAACCAGCACCGCAUUCCUGCCACAUGGCCUAGGUCAUUAUCUAGGGAUGGACACCCACGACGCGGGCGGUCAUCCCAACUAUGCCGACUCGGAUCCAAUGUUUCGGUACCUGCGAGUCAGGAAGAACUUGCCGGCCGGCAGCGUCAUUACCGUUGAGCCUGGUGUCUACUUCUGCGAGUUUAUCAUCAAGCCGUACCUGAAUGAUCCCAAGCACUCCAAAUUUAUUGACGAGAAUGUGCUCAACGGCUACUGGGAUGUGGGUGGUGUCAGAAUCGAGGAUAACCUCUUGAUCACCAAGGACGGCUCCGUCAACUUGACGGAUGCAGUCAAAGACCCCGAUGAGAUGGAGAGGAUCAUUCUUGGCAGUUGA